GGACCCUCUAUUUCUCCCUCUCUCUCUCCCUCCCACACUCUCCCAGCGCCCAGCAAUUCUUCAGGGCUGCCACUGCCACUGCCACUUGCCAGUGUCAACGUCCAAAGUUCCUCAUUCAGCCGUAUUUUACCGGUACAAGACCCAGAACAAGUGUCUGUUGUUCAACAACAACAAGUCUACUGUCAACUACUCACACCAUUCCACCACGUCUCCUGCGGGAACAAGUCUGAUGUGCUGCUACUACCGACCCUAGUCAACAAUCAUCGACGUUUACGGAGUACUGACUAUUCGUACGGAGUACAACACAAACACUUCGACCGCGGCCCCCAAACCAUUGGGAGGGAGCCCCAAGUUCGCAUUUCACCAAUACUCGUCGUAUCCAUCAUCUCAUCUUGCAUUCUUCUUCCUCAUCCCUCUUUUCUACCUUCGGACCUCACUCUUGUCACUCUCAACAAAAUCAUUUCCGGCAAAUGCUUCUGCUCUUCUUGACGAAUCGAAUACAUCUUCUAGCUUGAACAUAUUAUCUCUCUCUCUCUCUUGCUGGCCAAUUCCUUCAUUCCUGGGACCCGUUGACCGCCCUGUCCCACUCUUCCUGCGCCCUUGACUUACCACCAUGUGAGUCUUUGAUUCUUACUUUUUCCCUCUUAUGUGGAAAAAGGAGGAGAUGAAAAAUGGAAAAUAUUGUCUAGUCGAAAUUACAAAAAAAGAGACGGGAAUUUGUGUGAAUGUGAAGAUGGAGGCUAAUGUACACAAUCCUGUCUAGUCGCAUUGUUUCUUUCCGCCUGCCUGCGAUUAUCUGCACAAUCGACAAUAGAAGUCCUUGUCCUUCCCUACCGUACCUGGCUGACCGCCCUCUUCCUCCCGAGGUGAGGCGGUAAUUGAGAGCGUGUCGGACCUCCAUCUACGAGAAGCUCUGCACGCAAGACUUUGAAUCUUUUUCACUCUUUCACUUUUCUGAUCCUCCUCGUGCUCACAAGCCGAUUCGGGUUCUCCAGGAAUCUGAGAUACGAUUCGCGCGUGUUAACGACCGCUUCUACAACACAUACAACGGGAUGGUUGUAGCAACGAUCAAAUGUGUGGUUGUCGGUGACGGUGCGGUGGGAAAGACAUGCUUGCUCAUCUCCUACACGACAAACAAAUUCCCCUCGGAAUAUGUCCCUACGGUGUUUGACAAUUAUGCCGUCACUGUUAUGAUCGGUGAUGAGCCAUACACGCUGGGGCUGUUUGACACUGCCGGACAAGAAGAUUACGACCGUCUUCGACCUCUGUCCUAUCCCCAAACCGACGUCUUUCUGGUUUGCUUUUCCGUCACUUCUCCAGCGUCCUUCGAAAACGUCCGCGAGAAAUGGUUUCCCGAAGUCCACCACCAUUGCCCCGGGGUCCCCUGCUUGAUCGUUGGAACUCAAACAGAUCUAAGAGAUGAUCCGUCGGUCCGCGAGAAGCUAGCCAAGCAGAAGAUGCAGCCGGUCCGCAAGGAGGAUGGUGAGAGGAUGGCCAAGGAAUUGGGAGCAGUCAAAUACGUCGAGUGCAGUGCCCUGACGCAGUACAAGUUGAAGGAUGUCUUUGACGAGGCCAUUGUGGCUGCUCUAGAACCACCGCCAAAGAAGAGUAGUAAAAAGUGCGUCAUCCUAUGACGGACUUGUCUUUGCUUCACUUGGCCAUCUGUCCGUCAGUGGGGUUGUCUUUUCGCCAGCUUGAUGAUACAGCUCCGGUGUCAGGUUGUCCACACUAAUUCCUCCUUGGAAUGCAGCGACCAGGCAGUGUCGUCGCCGUGGCACUUUUCUCUUUUAUCCCAUUGUCCGCUUCCGACAGAUAUUUGAUGUUGGAAAGACUUGGAUGUCUUCUUGGACAACGAGCUACAAUGAUCAUUCGGCCCCUUCUCUUUUUUGUUCCCUUCUACGAGUACAAUUGCACACACUUGACACGUUUUUGUUCUACUGAGAGAUCAACCUUCACCCUCGACCUGAAGAAUUCGGCGUCGGGGGCAGUGCGUGGAUCACACACAAGGGGGAGACGGCCAUUCGGGGGAGCGAAUUUUUCUUUUCCCCCCCUUUUCUUCUUCAUGCGCGGGCUGGAGUCGAAGGCGUUUCAGGUCACUUUGCAGAGCAAGAAGAUUUAUGUCUGUCCCCUUUCUCCAUUUCACAUGCGGAGGAGUACUUAGGUUGGGUUUGCCAUACUCUCGCUCGCUCGCUCGCACGCCUCGCAGGGAUGGGGCUCAUCAAAUACAUACACACACAAUCAAUCAAUCAACAAAGUUGUGUCCCGGGGGUGGAACCUCGCGUGCUGCCUGUCUAGAGUUCUUCAUUGCGAGUUCAGCAUGGCCUGCUGAGGGAGGUAUCCUAGAAGGCGUGUACAUGUCG